UGCUCACCCGAGAGGGUUACGGGGACGUACGUGGUUCCUUUUAUGCGCAUGUACAGGAGGACACGUGCUGCCAAAUUGUGGGUUACGAAGUCGGAUCUGAUUUUCUUCUUCGUAAAGAUGCCUAAAGCAGCAAAGAACAAAGGAGGAGGGCAGGAGAAGAAAGUCAUCCAUCCUUAUAGCAGAAAAGCUGCUCAACUUACGAAAGAAGCACACAAACAAGAAAAAAAAGACAAGCUGAAAAAUGAAAAGGCGUUUCGUCUCAGCAUUGUAGGUGAGAAAUUGCUUUGGUUUCAAAGUCAUCUUGAUCUGAGUAAAGCAGAAUACACAAAAAAAGAAGCCUGUGAACUCAUCGAAAAUUAUUUGCAGCGAUUUAAUGAUGAGCUGGAGCAGAUUCAACUGCGGAACAGUGUCAAAGGAAGACAAGCCCGGCAGCACAGCUCCAGGGAAACAAUAAUCAGGCAGACUAUGGAACGGGAAAGGCAGCAGUACGAAGGAUAUGGGCUAGAUAUUCCUGAUAUCAUAAAUGCUAAACACCUUAAAACUUUCAGAAACUGGGACGGUGACCUGAAGCAGCUGCCAAAUAUUAAAAUGAGAAAGGUGUCCAGUAAAGAUGCACUUGGUAGUAGAACGGAGAAGACAAGUGCUGAAGCUGAAACGGAAUUAUGUGCAGCAAAAACCACAGACUGAGUAUUAGUUUGUAUGGAAGACAACAACAAAAAUAAAUUGCCUAUCUUUAAUGUUCUAAAUAUCAGUGGGAGUGAAGCUAAUCUUCAUUGCUAAUCAGAUGAGAGAAGAUCCACCUUCUUCAAAAAACAUGUCCCGCUCUAUACGUUGGCCUGAUGUGAGAUCCUGACACCUACUCUAUUGUUUUGGUAAAAAAGACUAGUAAAGUACAUAAAGACAAUGAUUUUGGGAUAUACUCCUAUUCUGAUCAUGCUCAGUUAAUUUGAAGUAGCAGGAAAGGGUAGGUUUUUAAGCCUAGGAAAAAGGACCUGAUUUCCCUCUCCCUGGCUCUCCUCACCUAUUUUUCUGCAACGUAGGAUGCCUUCUGAUUUGGGAGUCUCACAGUCAUUAAAACUGAUAGACAAAGUAAUUUGGGAGAAAAAUAUAGGUAUGGGGCGAUUUAGCCCUCCAUUCCUCCUGCCUGUGCUAUGCUUUAAAUGCACUUCUCUUUACGUGAAUCUGAUGGUGACUCUGGUUGGUUGCCAUAAUGACUAGUGUAGCCUUUAUAGAUGUUUUUAUUUUGUACUUUCUGUCUUUCAGGACACUGUGCAGCAGGUGUUUGGGGCUGGUUAGCAAUAACCUAGUCAGGACUGCAUCUUAUAUGCUAUGGUAGCAUACAGUGCACUUUUGAGCAUUAAAGUGCACUGUUGCUAUCUUGUCAACCCACCUUUUAUCCCCACUCUGUCUGGUUCCCCUUUCCACUUCCACUUGGUUACCCCUGGUUGUGAGAAACCCAGCCUGUAUUUCCUAUUAGCCUUCUCUUGUUUCCUUAAAAAGACCAAGGGUGGCAAGACAGUCUUCAUGGCCUGAAAGCCAGGCAUGCGCUCUAGCUGUCAGCUAACAUUAGGUUGACAUCUCCAAGAAGAUUUGGCUUCUGGGAAGGGAAAAACAAGGGAGAGAUUAAGUAACUGAAAAAGUAGGUUACUGAGAAUAACCCUAGGAAGAAUAUAACAUCACUGUCUCAGCAUUUGCUUUCUUCUUUUUGGGUGCAGAAUUAUAUUACCAAUUUAAAGCAUCUUUUUACCAAAAUUGAAGUACUUUCUACCAUUCAGGAUUUGCUCCACUGGCAAACAAGAUCCUUCAAAUUAAAAUGACAUCCGUGUGCGUGUGAGAGAGAAAAGGGCAAUUUUGGUGGCAUUUCGGAAAAAACAAUAGUGUUAUAGAACAACUUAUCAUUGCAUCUUCUCUAUAUAACUGAUAUGACUUCAGAAAGACAGCAAAUUAAAAUUUAUAAGAAGUUUUUCAUAGUGGGAGGGAAAAAAUCAUUGAAUUGGUUGGUGUACAAGAUGCAUUGCAUCAUAACAUGUGGUAGUACCUUUCAUCACUGUUAUUCCCAACAAUAGUAGACCUAUUGAAUCAGUGAUGUUGACUUAUCAGAUCUGAUUGAUUCAGUGAGUGUAUUGAAUCAAUAAGAUUCAGUUCAGAGUAACAAUUGAAUUUAGUUAAUUAAAAUUGGUAUACUUUUCAUGUUUUUUACUUUUGUGAGGAAAACUAUUAUUCCUUUAAGCAAGCAUAUUAAAAUUAAAAGUAUUGAGAAUAUAUUUAUAUUUUAGGAGUUUAACUUUGACUGCUUCAGUUCUUGGAAAAUUGUGCUGAUUAUUAUUGUUAAUUAAUUACAACUCAUACUAUUGUCUUCAACAAAUAAAUGCUCACUUUAAUGCUUUUGUGAGUUAUAAUUUAAUUUGCAUAUUAGUGAACAUUCUUACUGUCUGGGAGUACAAUUCUGCACAGGGUACUUACAUCCAAAUUUACUUAAAUUCUAAAUUUUCAGCUAAGAGUAUGCAAGACUCCAAUCUUCCUUUGUAAAUGAGGGCCUGUGUGACCAAAUGCCUUUUUG